AUGCCUAGCUUCUGUGCUGCUAUUUUAAAACAACAGGAGAAUGAAGAAGUCCUCAGCACUGGCCAGCUGAAACAUGACAUUAUGGAUGAGGAAAAUGCCCUGCCCUUUAAGUUAUUAUUAGUUAGUCAGUUCCUGCUUUUGCUCAACCUAAACAAUGAUAAAUCAUAUAAUAAAAAAAAAUAAUAAAAAAAAAAUAAUACAUUUUAAGAGCACCUCAUCAGACAUCUAUUGCCAACAUAGAAGUGUUUGUCCUCUUUCACAAUAAUAAAUCACAUUUUAAACAUUACAUGAGCAAAAUGACUUCGAAAUUAAUGUUGUCCUUCCAAACAAUGGGUUAGCACACUGUACUCAUCCUAUGUAUAUGUGUGAAUAACGUUAUUUAUAGAGGAUUGUACAACGGGGUGGGUCUAAUCCUGAAUGCUGAUUGGUUAAAACCGCAUUCCAGCCGGUGUCUAUUGGCUAAAUCUAUGACGUUAAAAUGCCUAUUUCCAUCUGACUGCGCAAUCCACUGUCUCAUCAGUCCAGCCAGGAAAUGUAUAAACUUGAUCUCCACUAUAAAAAGCACCUUGACAUUAUCUCACAUUUCUUUUAGACUUACAUUUAGUUUUCAACUGUGGAGAUUUGUAUAAACCUUGCUGUCUGUCUCUCUGACAUUUGCAACAUUGUUUCUAUUGAAAUUCGAUCUCCAGCUGUCCCAUAGUAAUGAACGUGUUGGGAGUCGGGACGAGACCGACAGGCAUGCAGCUUUUUCUCAGCCAGUCGAAAUGAAUCAGCAUAGUUUUUAUGGAUAUAUACAAAGAACUAUCAAUAGAAAACAGGUAAAAAAUGAACUAAGUGCAGCUAGUUUACUGUCUUUCCAGCUUCCGUUUGAAGUGAUUGUGUUAACUGUGUUGUUGGCUAGCUCCGCUGAACAACAGUGUCCUGACGAGUGAGCACAUUUUCUAUGCCAGGCGAAAUCAUGCAUCAUUAGCUCAUUGUUAUGGAUGUAUCCAAAUAAUUGUCACUAGAAAACAGCUUAAACAAACGCAAAUGCAGCUACUUUGCUGUUAUUCUGGCUGCACUUUUUGACGUGACUGUGAGUUAGCUGUAGUUGGCUAGCUAGCCAGCAAGGGAUAAGAACGUUGCCAGCCAGUAUGGCAAUGGAACAUUAGAACGAACGACUGGGUCGCGUCUCUGGCAACCGAACCGAUAGAACGAACGACCAGCCGACUUGGGUAGCAACCUUUGAUUUGUGUCGGGACUAAAUGUUGUGGAAGGAUGAAAUGGUAUGAAUAAAAUAAUAAAAAUAAAGUUUUUAAUGAAAAUAUGUAAAUCAUUAUUUGAAUACAGUUUAAGUCGGAAGUUUACAUACACCUUAGCCAAAUACAUUUAAACUCAGUUUUUCACAAUUCCUGACAUUUAAUCCUAGUAAAAAUUCCCUGUUUUAGGUCAGUUAGGAUCACCACUUUAUUUUAAGAAUGUGAAAUAACAGAAUAAUAGUAGAGAAUGAUUUAUUUAAGCUUUUAUUUCUUUCAUCACGUUCCCAGUGGGUCAGAAGUUUACAUACACUCAAUUAGUAUUUGGUAGCAUUGCCUUUAAAUUGUUUAACUUGAGUCUAUAGGAUUGAGGUCAGGGCUUUGUGAUGGCCACUCCAAUACCUUGACUUUGUUGUCCUUAAGCUUUGGAAGUAUGCUUGGGGUCAUUGUCCAUUUGAAAGACCCAUUUGUGACCAAGCUUUAACUUCCUGACUGAUGUCUUGAGAUGUUGCUUCAAUAUAUCCACAUAAUUUUCCUUCCUCAUGAUGCCUUCUAUUUUGUGAAGUGCACCAGUCCCUCCUGCAGCAAAGCACCCCCACAGCAAAGCACCCCCACAGCAUGAUGCUGUCAGGUUAUGUCGAUAUAGGACUCAUUUUACUGUGGCUAUAGAUAAUUUUGUACCUGUUUCCUCCAGCAUCUUCACAAGGUCCUUUGCUGUUGUUCUGGGAUUGAUUUGCACUUUUCGCACCAAAGUACGUUAAUCUCUAGGAGACAGAACGCGUCCCCUUCCUGAGCGGUAUGACGGCUGCGUGGUCCCAUGGUGUUUAUACUUGCGUACUAUUGUUUGUACAGAUGAACGUGGUACCUUCAGGCGUUUGGAAAUUGCUCCCAAGGAUGAACCAGACUUGUGGAGGUCUACAAUUUCUUUUCUGAGGUCUUGGCUGAUUUUUCUUUUGAUUUUCCCAUGAUGCCAAGCAAAGAGGCACUGAGUAAGGUAGGCCUUGAAAUACAUCCACAGGUACACCUCCAAUUGACUCCAAUGAUGUCAAUUAGCCUAUCAGAAGCUUCUAAAGCCAUGACAUCAUUUUCUGGAAUUUUCCAAGCUGUUUAAAGGCACUGUCAACUUAGUGUAUGUAAACUUCUGACUUCAACUGUAUGUUGGUAACCCGUUGUAUAAAAGUGGGAGUGCCCUCAAUGCCGGUGUUUGGAGGAUAUAUUGGCAUGGUUUGCCGUCCCGAGACGAAUAUAUCCUCAACACCAGCUUCUCGGGCAUUAUCACUUAAUCAUACCAUAGCAUUGUUGAAUACUCGUUUCUGAUUGGCUUGAAGGGCAUUCUAGAGCGUGCAUUAUUUCCCUAUAACGCACAUUAUAUUUCACGGUAGAAUUCAAUGGCUAUAGUUCAUUCUUACAUGUUCUAUGUUUGAGCUGCUUUUGAAAGCAAAAGUCCAAUUGAAAAUGUUAUUGGCAUUGUUGAAUUCGAUUUUCAUAAUAGCAAGCUAGGACUGAUGGUUUGGUUAGCUAAAGGAGCAAGUCUGUUUGUUUGGUUACCAAGGCAACUACUGUAGCUAUUCUAGUAAACUUGCUAGCUACUUCAGUGGAUGUUGAACACAUUUCUACCUGCAAAUGAACACAUUUCUAUCGGUAAAUGGGGUGGCAGGUAGCUUAGUGGUUAAGAGCGUUGUGCCAGUAACCGAAAGGUCGCUGGUUCUAAUCCCUGAGCCGACUAGGUGAAAAAUCUGUCGAUGUGCCCUUGAGCAAGGCACUUAACCCUAAUUGCUCCUUUAAGUCGCUCUUUGAUAAGAGCGUCUGCUAAAUGACUUAAAUGUAAAUUAUAGCCAUGGUAUUAAAGGGUUAUCAACUUGGGGCUCUAUGCGUUCUCUGGAAAAUAAUGCAACUCAUUGGAAGGUUGUUAAUUAUUUUCCAUAGAACGCAUUAUCCCUUACGUAAGGUGGUUACUGGGCUGUCACUCAACUGUGAGACGUCUUGAAUGGAAAGGCUAAUAGUCCUGUAUCGAUCAAUAAUAUAAUACUUUUAGCAAAAAUGUUUAUUUUCAAUUUACAAUCUGUAGAAACAAUGAGAAUAGGAAGGUUCAGAACUUUUGUAAAACAUCACAGUACAGUUGAAAAAUAUAUGGCAAAUAGAAAUCCUAUAUGGAUGGUGUUAAGAGAUCGAUGGGAGGUGUUGAAUGAAGCUGAAGGAUGGGACUAAUAACAACUAACAAUAAUAACAACAAGAUAACUAAUAAUGUAAGCAUACUGUGUCCAUAAUAAGUAUAUAGAUUAUAGGUUGAGAGCUUUUGUGAAAGAGCACAGUUAGAAAGAUAUGGCAUAUAGAAGCAAACCGGAUGGACAUCAUGAAAAUGAUCAGAGAGGUUGAGGGUAGAGGAAGUUCAGGAGUAAAAACAAACAAAAUUGAAUUAUUGUAAAAUUGACUGUGUCCAUAAAAUGUAUAUAGUAUGUAUAAGCUGGAAGUAGAGGCCUAAGUGUUCACAAGUUUACUCCAAUUAGGGAAGGGGUGGUGGGGUUGGAAAGUAAUAAAGGGAAAUAUAUAUUUUUUUAAAGGAUGUGUGUAAAUGUAUGUAUAUAUGUACGUAUAUGUGUGUGUGUGUGUGUGUGUAUAUGUACAGUGGUGUGAAAAAGUGUUUGCCCCCUUCCUGAUUUGUUAUUUGUUUGCAUGUUUAUCACACUUAAAUGUUUCAGAUCAUUAAACAAAUUUAAAUAUUAGUCAAAGAUAACACAAGUAAACACAAAAUGCAGUUUUGAAAUGAAGGUUGUUAUUAUUAAGGGAAAACAAAAUCCAAACCUACAUGGCCCUGUGUUUGCCCCCCCCCUGUUAUAACACAACUCAACUGUGGUUUAUCACACCUGAGUUCAAUUCCUCUAGCCACACCCAGGCCUGAUUACUGCCACACCUGUUCUCAAUCAAGGAAUCACUUAAAUAGGACCUGCCUGACAAAGUGAAGUAGACCAAAAGAUCCUCAAAAGCUAGACAUCAUGCCGCGAUCCAAAGAAAUUCAGGAACAAAUGAGAAAGAAAAUAAUUGAGAUCCAUCAGUCUGGAAAAGGUUAUAAAGCAAUUUCUAAAGCUUUGGGACUCCAGCGAACCACAGUGAGAGCCAUUAUCCACAAAUGGCGAAAACAUGGAACAGUGGUGAACCUUCCCUGGAGUGGCCGGCCGACCAAAUUUACCCUAAGAGCGUAGCGACGACUCAUCCAAGAGGUCACAAAAGACCCCACAACAACAUCCAAAGAGCUGCAGGUCUCACUUGCCUCAGUUAAGGUCAGUGUUCAUGACUCCACCUAAAGAAAGAGACUGGGCAAAAAUGGCCUGCAUGGCAGAGUUCCAAAACGAAUACCACUGCUGAGCAAAAAUAACAUUAAGGCUCGUCUCAUUUUUGCCAGAAAACAUCUUGAUGAUCCCCAAGACCUUUGGGAAAAUACUCUGUGGACUGACGAGACAAAAGUUGAACUUUUUGGAAGUUGUGUGUCCCAUUACAUCUAGCGUAAAAGUUACACCGCAUUUCAGAAAAAGAACAUCAUACCAACAGUAAAAUAUGGUGGCGGUAGUGUGAUGGUCUGGGCCUGUUUUGCUGUUUCAGGACCUGGAAGACUUGCUGUGAUAAACGGAACCAUGAAUUCUGCUGUCUACCAAAAAAUCCUGAAGGAGAAUGUCCAGCCAUCUGUUCGUGACCUCAAGCUGAAGCGAACUUGGGUUCUGCAGCAGGACAAUGAUCCAAAACACACCAGCAAGUCCACCUCUGAAUGGCUGAAGAAAAACAAAAUGAAGACUUUGGAGUGGCCUAGUCAAAGUCCUGACCUGAAUCCUAUUGAGAUGCUGUGGCAUGACCUUAAAAAGGCAGUUCAUGCUCGAAAACCCUCCAAUGUGGCUGAAUUACAACAAUUCUGCAAAGAUGAGUGGGCCAAAAUUCCUCCACAGCGCUGUAAAAGACUCAUUGCAAGUUAUCGCAAACGCUUGAUUGCAGUUGUUGCUGCUAAGGGUGGCCCAACCAGUUAUUAGGUUGUAGGGGGAAAUCACUUUUUCACACAGGGCCAUGUAGGUUUGGAUUUUGUUUUCCCUUAAUAAUAACAACCCUCAUUUCAAAACUGCAUUUUGUUUUUAUUUGUGUUAUCUUUGACUAAUAUUAAAAUUUGUUUGAUCUGAAACAUUUAAGUGUGACAAACAUGCAAACAAAUAAGAAAUCAGGAAGGGGGCAAACACUUUUUCACACCACUAUAUGUGUGUGUAUAUAUACGUGUGUGUGUGUGUACACAGUUGGGAGAACAAGUAUUUGAUACACUGCUGAUUUUGUAGGUUUUCCUACUUACAAGACCUGUAAUUUUUAUCAUAGGUACACUUCAACUGUGAGAGACGGAAUCUAAUAAAAUGCAAAUGAAUUACUUAAAAAUCAUACAAUGUGAUUUUCUGGAUUUUUGAUCUUAAUUUUGAUAAAAAUUACAGACCUCUACAUGCUUUGUAAGUAGGAAAACCUGCAAAAUCGGCAGUGUAUCAAAUACUUGUUCUCCCAACUGUAUCUAUUUACAUAAAAAUGGAUGUCUUUGUAGGUGUGUGUGUGCGAGGGGAAAAAAAACAUAUGGGGCAUUGCAGACAAUUACGUUGAUGGAAGUUACAAUCUAUCUGCAGUGCUAAAGCUGAUCUACCCCCAAAAACAAAUAAUGAAAAAUGUUAGUGUAAAUCCCAUGCAAGUCUCACUCAUUUCUGGAAAAAAGUUUUAUGUAAUGUUAUCCCUGGAAUUAUGGUUAUGGAAUGCCUAAUACUGUGCUGUUUUACAACAAGGGAUCAUCUUAGUGCUGUUAGUAAUAUACAUUAGUAAUAGGUCUACCAGAAAUACCAGAAUGUUUUUUCUUGUACUAUUCUCUGUGAAUAAAAAUCUAUUAUUGAAAAUAGUUAUUCUAAUGAUUUAAGGAAAGAGAGAAAAGUUGAACACUAAACAGUAUCGGUAAAUAUUGUCAAAGCCUGUGCCAAGUGCUCACGAGAAGGCCUCUAACCAUUGUUGUACUUGUCCUCCAUCCAGACAGCCAGCCCACCCCAGGGGGUCAGUACCCCUGCAGCAGCCCCAGCCAGAGACCACUCCCCAGGAGCCAGAUGAGCCUGAGGAGAUCCUAGGCUCUGAUGAUGAGGAGCAGGAGGACCCCAAUGACUACUGCAAGGGUGAGGGGAUGACUGCUGCAAGGGUGGUGGGGGGGGUGACUGGUGCACGGGUGACUGGCGCACGGGUGAGGGGGAUGCUUAUUUAGGUUGUUUUGGACUUCAAGGGUGAGCCAAUGACUCCUUUGAAUGAUGUUUGCUUUCCUGCUGUCACUAAUCUCCCUCUCCUGUGUGUAGGUGGCUAUCACCAUGUAAAGAUAGGAGAUCUGUUCAAUGGGAGGUACCAUGUGAUCAGGAAGCUGGGCUGGGGACACUUCUCCACUGUGUGGCUGGCCUGGGACAUCCAGUAAGAUCACUUCUCAUGUCAUUGUCUGUGAAGGCCUGAGACUGCGUCACACCAGAUUCUGAUCAACAGAUCUUCACAAUGCCAGAAGCAGUAUUUGUUAAACCUAAUUUGUUUGCUGUAAUAAUCCUAUAUUGCACAGAAUCUUAACAUACACUGUCAGCCUGACUGACUGACUGACUGUCUGUUUUGUAGGGUGAAGAGGUUUGUGGCUAUGAAGGUAGUGAAGAGUGCAGAGCACUACACAGAGACGGCUGUGGAUGAGAUCAAACUGCUGAGAUCUGUGAGUGCUAACUCCGAGUCAAUCAUACUGAUCGGCCUGACAUCAGCCUGAUAUUUCAUUUUCUUCCCUCCCUUUGUUCUCCUUUCAGACAUUUGUUCUGAUACAUUUUUUUAUUUCCUGGGUUUUUGUGGUUCGUAGGUGAGAAACACAGACCCUGACGACCCCAAGAGGGAAAUGGUGGUCCAGCUACUGGAUGACUUCAAGAUCUCCGGCAUCAACGGGACUCAUGUGUGCAUGGUGUUUGAGGUGCUGGGGUACCACCUACUGAAGUGGAUCAUCAAGUCCAACUACCAGGGCCUUCCUCUGCCCUGCGUCAAGAGCAUCAUAAGACAGGUAAUGACACAUGGCGUAGUCCUCAUACCUUGGCUAUCCAAACCUAAUCCUAUGUCUUGUUGCUGAUCAGGAUUGGGGUCAAUUCCAUAUCAAUUCAGCAAGUAAACUGAGAUUCCUUAUUUCCUAAUUGAAAAGCAAUGAAUUAAAAUGGAAUUGGCCCCACCCCUGCUACUGAUCCUUCACCUCAUUGACCUUGCAAAGAUUAAUUAAAAAACUUUCAGUCCCAUAAAAAAAAAAAAAGUCUUACUAAUCUACUUAAACUAUCCCAGGGUGUCUGGCUAAAGUGAAAUUGAUGUCCAGACUUCUUUGACUAAUGAACGAGAUGGAUGGCAAUAUGGCACUAGUGUUACCCCGGGUGUUUCUGCAGGUCCUCCAGGGGCUGGACUAUCUUCACACCAAGUGUAAAAUCAUCCACACGGACAUCAAGCCAGAGAACAUCCUGUUGACGGUGAAUGAGCCGUACGUGAGGAGGCUGGCGGCGGAGGCUACAGAGUGGCAGAAAGCAGGGGCUCCCCCCCCCUCAGGGUCCGCAGGUAGGGGUUAAGUCCAUGCACUGCGCCCAUACACGCCGCGUGCAGAUGCAGACACGGCGCGACACCAGCACUCGUGCAAAAGUUCACCAAAAUAUGAAUUGUGGUGUACAGCAGAAUGUUGACUUGGCUCUGUUCUCUCUUCAGUCAGCACAGCUCCAGCUCCAAAAGCAGUAAGUCUCCCCUUUUCACUCAUUGUCUCUGCUAACAAUUUUAGCCAUUCAGUGUUGCUGUGCUGCUGCAGCCACAACCAGUAGUGUUGUAUUCAGUAAACCCUGUUGACUCCUGUCUGUCCUGCUUCCUCUUCCUCUCCAGACGACCAAAAUGUCCAAGAACAAGAAGAAGAAGUUAAAGAAGAAGCAGAAGCGUCAGGCGGAGCUUUUGGAGAAAUGCAUUCUGGAUCUGGAGGAGAUGGAGAAGGCUCCGGGGAGGGAGGAGGAGGAGGAGGAGGAGGAUGAAGAGGAGGAGGACCCAGAGUCUCCCGUCUCUCCCAAGUCGGAGCGGCAAUAUUGUGCUCCUCUCAGACAGAUCUCCUUACAGGAAGUAGCCAUCCAAGACACAGCAGGUGACUUUCUGGAAUUCAAUUCAAUACAACUUUAUUGUCCCUCAAGGGGACGUUAGUAUUUUUUAAUCAUGGGCCUGGAGAUCCACACUGAGUUGUACAGAUUUUUCCUCAACACAGCACUGAUGCACCUGAUUCAACUAAUCUACUAAUUAUCAAGUGUUUGAUUAGUUGAACCAGCUGAGCUGGGACCAAAGCCUACACACCCAGUGGGUCUCCAAGAUUAGGAUUAAGAACAACACAGAAUUAGACUAAUUAGAAGGAAACUACUAGUCCAGCCUCCUACUAGAUCUAAUGUUAUUUUCUCAUAUACCCAGAGUGCAUUGCGGGUGCGGAGGUGAACUGUAACGGCCUUCAUCCUGAGGAAGAGGAGGAUGGAACGGAAGAGAAGAAAGCAGAGUGGAGAGAGCAUGACCAACACAACGGUAACGCAGACCAAACAGUGGAUCGCUCUCUUCUUCAGCCCGUGUGUAACGGCCUGGUGUCCCCGGGAACAGAGGAGCCUGACACCCCAGAGAGUGGAGCUCUGACCAGGAAGAUGGCUGAGACUGAAAUAAAGACAAAAGCGUCCGAGACGGAGACAACAAGCUUUAGUGGCCGGGAGGAGGUGGAGCUAUCGCCAGAGGAGGAGGAGAAGAAUCAGGAAAGGAGUCAAGUGGAAGUCACAGAGGAGGCGCAGGACAGGAGUCGUGGGGAGAAGGAGGCCACAGAGGAGGUGUUGGAGAACGUCCAGUAUGGAGGAGAACAGGAGAGUCUGAAGGAUGGUGAGUAGACAGGACGGUGAGUACACAGUCAUGAUGUUGAGAACACGGGUAUCAGAUAUCUCUGUCUUAAACAGGUGGAUUUUGUUGGGGAUUUUGGAUGAUUAUGCUAAUUAGAUGUAGGUGCGGGCGUCGACUCUAGUGCAGUACGUUGUUGUAUUCCUUUUAUUUGACAGUCAGAUCAGUGUUGAAAUGGUUGGUUGCUGAGUUUCUCUCUCUCUCUCUCUCGCUCUCGAUGCAGCCAAACUAGCAGCAGGGAACCUCCUGGUGAACCCCCUGGAGCCACUCAACGCAGACAGACUGAAGGUCAAGAUAGCAGACCUGGGGAACGCCUGCUGGGUGGUGAGUAUCUGUGUGCAGAUGACCUAAGGGAUUUCCUGCUUAAGUCUUCCCGGCAUUCAUGUCGCCCACCUGCUUGGUUGAGCUUGCCAAUGGAAUAAUCCCAAAAGUCUAAACUCCGCCCCAGCUGCCACUCCAUGCAGGCUCAAUCAAACGUGGAAAGUAUUCAAAAAGAAAAACACUAUUUGAACCCAGUUCUGCAAUAGCAGUGUCAUUGACCUGUCUCCAUCUCACCCCUUUCUCUCUCUCCUCCGCAGCACAAGCACUUUACAGAAGACAUCCAGACGAGACAGUACCGUUCUGUAGAGGUGCUCAUAGGGUCUGGCUACAAUACACCAGCCGACAUAUGGAGCACAGCCUGCAUGGUAAUCCUGGACAACAGAGAACCACUUACACACUUUACAUUCAAAUAAAACCAACAUUUUAAAACCAGUAAAUAAAGGAACGUAGAAGGGAUUCAAAAAGGAGAUCCUGUUUAGAAUGCCUGACAAGAUCCUCCUCCCUACAGUACAGUGUCUGCUUCCUUCCUUUGUUGUUUAUUGUCCUUUCCUUCUCUGCAGGCAUUUGAGCUAGCCACAGGGGACUACUUGUUUGAGCCCCAUUCCGGGGAAGAUUACGCCAGGGACGAAGGUAGUUAUGCAUCCGCUUGUUCUUCUGCUUGAUUUGAAUAUAUGUAUAGUAGUCUACUUUUAGAAGGUUGCCUCUGUUCUAAUCUUGCGUACUUGAUUCUAAUAAUUAGCUGGUUGGUUGAUCAGCUGAAUCAGUUUAGUUACAACUGGGGUUGGAGUGAAAACCUACGGGAGGGUAGCUCUCCAGGAACAGGGUUGGAGUGAACCUACGGGAGGGUAGCUCUCCAGGAACAGGGUUGGAGUGAACCUACGGGAGGGUAGCUCUCCAGGAACAGGGUUGGAGUGAACCUACGGGAGGGUAGCUCUCCAGGAACAGGGUUGGAGUGAACCUACGGGAGGGUAGCUCUCCAGGAACAUGGUUGGAGUGAACCUACAGGAGGGCCUCCUGAGUGGCACAGCAGUCUAAGGCACUGCAUCGCAGUGUCGCGGCGUCACUACAGCCUGGGGUUCGAUCCCAGGCUGUGUCAUUACCGGCCGUGACCGUGAGUCCAGUAGGGCGGCGCACAAUUGGCCCAGCGUCGUCCGGUUUAUGGGAGGGUUUGGCCGGGGGUGCUUUACUUGGCUCAUCGCGCUCUAGCGACUCCUUGUGGCGGGCCGGGCGCCUGCAGGCUGACUGCGGUCGUCAGUUGAACAGUGUUUCCUCCGACACAUUGGUGCGGCUGGCUUCCGGGUUAAGCGAGCUGGUGUUAAGAAGCACGGUUUGGCGUGUCAUGUUUCGGAGGACGCGUGACUCGACCUUCGCCUCUCCCGAGCCUGUUGGGGAGUUCCAGUGAUGAGACAAGGUCAUGAUCACGUAAUUGGGUAAAAUGACAAUAUAAAAACUACGGGAGUGUGGCUCUCCAGGAACAGGUUUGGAGAGCACUGGCCUACAGAGAAGAGCUAUUUUGGAUUGGUGACGUUAACCGUUUGCAUACUGUGAAAAACCUUCCAAAAUAUUAAUAGGUUUUCAUUCAAUCUCUUAUCACUUUUGGGUUUGAGUUGGUCCUAAAUAUUUAUAAAUGUAUUAAUGAUUAAAAACCAACAGUUAUGCUUUUUGCAGUAGGCGGUGUGUGCAUUCGAUGGUACAAUACUGUGCAAUGUGUUUGAUGGUACAAUAUUGAUUAGUAGUCUAGUUGACAAUAAACGGUGCAGUCUGUGCUACUCCAUUACAGUGAUUUUAAUUACCGUAUUUUCCGCACUAUAAGGCGCACUUAAAAGCCUUUAAUUUUCUCAAAAAACGACAGUGCGCCUUAUAAUCCGGAGCACCUUAUAUAUGGAUCAAUUGGUUGAUCCAUACUGGUUGUACACGGCGCUCAAGGUGCUCUGUCAAAAUGUUUCAGUAUGAAAAACCAAUAAAAACAAUGUAGUAAUAAUAAUGAAAUGUUUCAGUACGAUUGGUAAACUACAAAGCCGCACCGCUUGCAGCAUUACAGCUACCGUAGUCAGUAAACACCGGUACUGUGCUUACUCACAGUCCCACACCACUUGUGUGUGUGUAUAAAGACCCCAAAAUUGUUGUCGGAACGCUUAAUAAAGUUUGACUUUAUCUGAAUUGUUUUGUUGACAUUCCCUUUAGCACAGCUCCAUCUAGUGGAUGCAUAACGCAACCCCAGUCAAACGUUUGACUGCAGUAUCUUCUAUUCUAUGCGCCUUAUAAUCCGGUGCGCCCUAUAUAUGAAAACAGUUCUAAAAUAGGCCAUUCAUUGAAGGUGCGCCUUAUAAUCCGGUGCGCCUUAUAGUGCGGAAAAUACGGUAGUUUAAUAGCCACCUGGAUACACUAUGUUAUAGCAUAUGUCAGCUAACCUGGGCCUAUUUAUUACUGUAGCCAACUGUUCUGUCAUUGUCAUGCCAUACAUUAAUAGAAGAGAAGGAAUUGUUGGCUUACAACACGUCGUACAGUAUGCUACCUGCCUAUAUGUCAGCUAUAGUCAAUCUUCAAGGGCCAGUUUCCCUGGAUAUUUUAAGCCUAGUCUUGGACUGAAAAGCAUGUUCAGAUGAGAUUUUCCAUUGAAAGUGCUUUGUAGUCCAAAGGAAACCUGCUAGGAGAUUUUAUUGUAUUAAUAUUUUUAUUAACCAGAAUAGGUACGCUAAUCUGUGUCUGUGGCCUGCCCUGGGGGACGUGGGGAGGUAGAGCAGGCAAGGUCCUCUGACAGCACCAGGAGUCCCAACACCCAGCUGCUACGUUCCAAUGUCAACACUAGCAUACUACGUAGAAUCAGAACCACAUUUAAUCCAGUCUCUGUCAUGUCUGGGUGUUCUCUACUUAGUUUUAGGCGGGUGUCUUUGUAUUGUUUUACAGGUGAAGUUAAAGGGGUUGUACACCCCAAAAUAAAAGGGAUUAUACACCCCGAAAUAAAGGGAUUAUACACCCCGAAAUAAAGGGAUUAUACACCCAAAAUAAAAGGGAUUAUACACUCCAAAUAAAAGGGAUUAUACACUCCAAAUAAAAUGGAUUAUACACCCAAAAUAAAAGGGAUUAUACACUCCAAAUAAAAGGGAUUAUACACUCCAAAUAAAAGGGAUUAUACACUCCAGAUAAAAGGGAUUAUACACUCCAAAUAAAAGGGAUUAUACACUCCAAAUAAAAGGGGUUAUACACUCCAAAUAAAAGGGGUUAUACACUCCAAAUAAAAGGGGUUAUACACUCCAAAUAAAAGGGAUUAUACACUCCAAAUAAAAGGGAUUAUACACUCCAAAUAAAAGGGAUUAUACACUCCAAAUAAAAGGGAUUAUACACUCCAAAUAAAAGGGAUUAUACACUCCAAAUAAAAGGGGUCGUACACUCCAAAUAAAAGGGAUUAUACACCCAAAAUAAAAGGGGUCGUACACUCCAAAUAAAAGGGGUUAUACACUCCAAAUAAAAGGGAUUAUACACCCCAAAUAAAAUGGAUUAUAAACCCAAAAUAAAAGGGGUUAUACACUCCAAAUAAAAGGGAUUAUACACUCCAAAUAAAAGGGGUUAUACACCCAAAAUAAAAGGGGUCGUACACUCCAAAUAAAAGGGAUUAUACACCCAAAAUAAAAGGGGUUAUACACCCAAAAUAAAAGGGGUUAUACACUCCAAAUAAAAGGGAUUAUACACCCCAAAUAAAAGGGAUUAUACACCCCAAAUAAAAGGGGUCGUACACCCCAAAAUAAAAAGGGUUGUACACCCCAAAAUAAAAGGUGGGUUCCUCUAAGUGCUGUCAGAUUGACCCCCACACCCAGGGGGGGCUUGUGAUUGCCGCACGAAGUCUGAUGAAUCUGUCGUUUGUCUCGUCCUCCCCUCUUCUCUUCUCCCUCUUUUUUUGCUCUUGUUUUUUUUGUCUGAGCAGACCAUAUUGCAUUGAUCAUUGAGCUGCUGGGGCAAGUCCCACACAAACUCAUAACGGCUGGGAAAUAUUCCAAGGAUUUUUUCACCAAGAAAGGUAAAGCAAUGUGGUUAUGUAAAGUUUUUAAAUGAAGACCUAUCACCCCUUUUGUUGUAAACACAAACAUCUGUGCGUGUAUUUCACAGUGCCAAUCUUUUUUAUUUUCUUGUAUGCUGUCAUUUAAAGGAAAGCUUUAGUAACAGUCUUGAGUGAUGUGUGUGUGUGUGUCAUGGUGGUGAGUCUUGUCAUGUUAGUGUGGUGAUGUGAAACCCUGUCUCUAACUGACUGACUGCCAUCUGUCUCUCUGUCUAACCCUUCUAUCUUUCUCUGUGAGGCUGACUGUGCCGUCUGUCUCUAAAACUUCUCUUCCCUAGGUGACCUGAAGCACAUCACCAAGCUGAAGCCGUGGGGGUUACUAGAGGUGCUGCAGGAUAAGUACGAGUGGCCCAAAGAGGAGGCUGAUUGUUUCGCUGACUUCCUCCUCCCCAUGCUGGAGCUGGUACCGGAGAAGAGGGCCACGGCCGCAGACUGCCUGCGCCACCCCUGGAUCGCCCCCCAGUGACUGCCUCCAGUACUGCAAUGUAAAACACCUGGGGCCUGUUCAGUAGGCAAACGUUUUUGAAUGUUGCAGCUAAUUUGAAUGACUGGAGCUGACAUGACUAGUUUUUCUACUUGUCAUAGAGGCAUGUUUGUUCUACAGUAAGGAGUUCUAUCUGAGCGUUCCGUAACGUUUUGCCCUGCUGAAUGCGGCCCGUGAUGGAACAGUCCAA